UAAAAAUGAAUUUCAGUUAGUGAAAUUUUGAAUGAGAAAAGAUUGUAACAUCCUAUUGCUUAAAAUCUAUACUAUAAUACAUAAUUAUACAAAAAUUAUAAGACACCAAACAAAUAACUUUAAUAUCAUACAUCUAGAUCAAACUAUUUAAAAUUAAAUGACCCAGAUAUAAAAUAUAAAAAAUCAAAAAAUAAAUAAAAAAGAUAAUGUUCUUGUUCUUGUUAUGGUUGUAGUAGAAAAAAUUCAACAAAGAUUAAAAAACCAAUUACACCAUAAUUAAAAGAACAAUAAUAUAUUCUUAAUACUAAUAAAACUAAUGAAUCAAAUUAGGCCAUAAGUAUCACUAAAUCAUUAUUUAGAAUAAUAUUCUAUUGUAAAUUCUAAAUCUAAAUGUGUAUAUACAUAGCCACUUUUAUCUAAAAUACAUAAAUAAAAGUAAUGUUGUAACACAAAUUAAACUGAUAAUCCAAAAAUUACUAAACCAAAUUUAUAUGAUCCAAAAUCUUUGGAUUAUAAACUUAAGAAAUAAAUUCAUAGACAAAAUAAAAAGCAAUAAAUUUUAAUAUCCCAGUAACAUCAUUCUACAACCAAAGAUUAAUAGGCAAAAGUAGUAUAGAGAGCCAAUAUGUAAAAAGUAUUUAUCUAAAUAAUCAACAAAGAUAGAAGAAGGAGAGUAAAAAAAGAUAAAUGUUGAACAAAUAUCAUAAAUUGAAAAAGAAAAAACUUUAAAAUCUAAAUUACAUUAAAGAAGUUUCUCUAAUUAAAAUAAAACAUCAAAUUAAGUAGAAUAAAAUAAAAGUAAUAUAAGAUAUGUUGAAUAAAAAAAAUUAUAAAUAAAAGCCAAUAAAGGUGUGAAAGAUAAUUAUAAUAAGUUUUUUGAUUUAUUGAAAAAUAAAAAAUAAUAGAAAAAUAAUAUUAAAAAGAAUAAAAAUAAGAUUGUAACUAAGUUGGAAGAUUAAGAGAUUGAAAAUAAAGUUAAAUACUAAAUAGAUUAAACUUUCUAAAUCGAAUAAAAUAGCAAAUGA